AUGAGUAGCAAAAAGAACGAUUGGGGACAGCAAUUCACAGAAGAACCAUUCGAUGCGUGGGGAACCAUAAAAACUUCAACCAAUGACAGUGAAACUAAAGCUGUCGGCUGGACUAAAGUUGUCAAGCCAGCACCAACUAAAAAUCAGAAGUUAAUUUGGAUGGAGACUAGUAAAGAAGGCUCUGAACAAAAUGAACGCCCCCUUUGGGCUCACGAGACCCUUAAAAAAGAGCAAGAGACGAAGAAAGAUGAAUUGCCAUGGAAUAGCAAAUCAACCACGAAAUCGAAAAAUGUGUCCUCGGAAGUUUCAAAGGAACAAGUAUCAUGGGUAUCUGAUAUGAGUGAAUCAUAUGAUAAUAGCACUAACGUAAACUCUUGGAAUAAGAUCUCCAGUAAAAGCAGUACUCGCAAUAAACAACGCAUAUCAUCGUCGUCGAACACGAGAUCAGGGCGUCAUUCUUCCAAUAGUAAACAACAAUCGAGAAGAGAUGACAAAGGUCCCAUAUUACCAGAGCUUAUUGAGCUGGAAAAACCAGAAAAAAAAGGGUUUCGUGCCAUACCUAUUAUACCUACAAAAGAAGAGUUAUUUGCGAAGCGGCCCAAGGAUUUACCAGUGAAUAAACUUGAUGAGCCCUAUGAAAACGUUGACGAAUAUUUGUCGACUCAUUGUCGACUAUUGAGGGAAGAUUGUAUGCGUCCGUUACGAGAAGGCAUUCAGAAGUUACGAAGGAUUAAUAAUGGUAGGAAACAAAAGACUGGUGAUAACGAUGAUGAAGACGGGGAAGCAGUUGAAUAUGCUGACGAUGAAGCUGAAAUGCAAGAGGAAUUGUCUGAUAUUAGAGUGUAUGAACAUAUACAAAUUGUUGGAAUCACGUUUGCGAAUAUGGGAAUCGUUCAUCGAAUUUCAUUCAGAACUAAAUACGGUGAACGUAUCACUUGGUCGCAGAGCAAAAGAUUGAUUUCCGGCACUCUAGUCGUUUUCACAAACGACAAUUUUGAAAAUAUGGUGGUUGGCACAGUAGUCAAUCGCUCACUGGACCUUCUUACUCAGCCAUCUGACCUACAAAUAGAUGUUCUUCUUUCCGGGGAGACAUUCCAUUAUAAUUGGCCGACAAACUACAUAAUGGUGGAAUGCACUUCUGCUUAUUUCGAAGCUUAUCGUCACGUACAAAAAGUCUUGCAGGAGUUGGACCCAGAGACGCUUCCAUUCAAAUCCCAUUUCAUGGGCCAUGACCGUGAUAAAGAAACUCCACCGCCACAAUAUCUACUUAAACGUCAGCCUGUCUAUGAAUUUAAGAAUUUGGAAGCGAUAAAAAAUCUGGAAAAGUCUAACGGCACGACGAUGAUUGAUAUUAAAGAUUCAUGGCCGUCUUACGAUCAACUUGACACAAGUCUACACAUGUCUCAGUACGAAGCAAUUUGGCGAAUGUUAACUCAUUGCGUUGCAUUGAUUCAGGGUCCUCCGGGGACUGGUAAAACAUAUGUCGGGUUAUCUGCGAUUCGUUUACUUCUCGAAAAUACCUCAGGUUUAAUUAUAAUCGCUUGUCAGACUAAUCAUGCUUUGGAUCAAUUUCUUGAAGGAAUACAAGAAUUUGAGCCAGACAUUAUUCGCCUCGGCUCGCGCUCUAAAUCUGAAAAGAUAAUUCCUAGAACAUUAUAUAAUAUUUCGAGAGCCCUGAAGGAUACUGAGCAGCCAAACAAUAAAGCGCGUAGACAAUUAAUGAAAGAACGUCGUUUUAUUGAGGGAAAGAUGAAACAGCUAUGUGAGGAGAUAAGCAAUCCUUGCAUUAGCUUGGACUUUAUAAAAGAACAGGAAUUACUUAACGAUGAACAAUUGACAAGUCUGCAACAAGAUGAUUGGGUUACCUCGCAAGACUACAUGACGGUUGAUGAAUCAAACCGUGAUUUCAUUAGAGAAUGGCUUGAACCAGUUAUUAGAAUACAUUCUUCAAAGCACGAUGCACUCGAACAUCAACUUGCACAGAUGGAUCUUGAAGGCCGAAUAGUGACCGAAGAGAACGAUGAUACUGAAGUCGACGAGGAACUUCUUGAAACCAUCGAAGCUGAGUUCCAAGAUGGCCUACUUCGCGACGAAAAUCAAAAAUUAUAUGGAGAUUUCGUGCAUUUGAGAAGUGAAGAAUAUGUAGAGGAUGAGAAUGAAUUCUUUACAGACAAUGAGUUAAAAGAGUUCGAGUCAACAGAUGAUGUUUGGACGAUUCCCGAGAAUGCUCGCGCUGUAAUUCAUAAUAAAUGGAAAAGAAAGAAAAUGCAAAAAGCACAGAAAGAGCUUGAGAAUCUUUCUUUUAAAUACGCAGAGAUUUGUGCGAAGAUUAAAAAGGAACGGAUGCGAGAGGAUAUUUUAAUUUUACAAGGUGCUCGAGUGGUUGGCAUGACUACCACUGCUGCGGCUAAAAAUCAUGACCUGUUGGUCAAUCUCAAACCAAAAAUUAUUAUGCUUGAAGAAGCAGCUGAAACUUUAGAGGCACAUAUUAUCACAGCUCUCACGCCGUCCACAGAGCAUUUAAUACUUAUUGGUGAUCAUGAACAACUGCGACCCAGCACUGCAGUUUACGAAAUGGCUGGAAAACAUAAAUUGGACGUGUCCUUAUUCGAGAGACUUACCGGAUUUUUGCCAUUCACACGUCUCUCGGAACAACGACGUAUGCGGCCAAUAAUUCGCCAACUUUUAACACCGAUAUAUGGUACAGAAAUCGAAGACGCUCCAAACGUCCAUGAAUAUCCUGAUGUUAUAGGAAUGACUGAGAAUCUCUUUUUCAUUAAUCACGAAGAAGAAGAAAAGAAUGUACAUGAUUCCAAAACGAAAAUCAACGAGCAUGAAGCGACAAUGUGUGCCAAACUGGCAGGGUACCUAGUGAAGAUGGGAUAUGAAAGUAGUCAAAUCACAAUAUUGUGUAUGUACACUGGUCAAAGAGAGAGAAUAAAAAAGUUAUUGCGUGAAGAAGCUUCUAAAUCGGUCGAUUCUAUAAGGAGUAUCAAGGUGGCAUCGGUGGACGGGUUUCAAGGUGAGGAAAACGAUAUAAUAUUGUUAUCCUUGGUGCGAAGUAGCCCACAACGUGGACAAUUAGCCGAAAAAUCUGCUUUAUGGCUAAAAGUUUUGAUGAUCCUUGAGGGAAUGAAGAAGAUUGGGAAACGAUUAAAGCUCAUCUGUCCGAAACAUUCAACACGGAUAGAGCCAGUAAUAACUUCUGUAGAGUGGGCUGGUGAAUUUCCACCAGAUGGAGGAUGCUUCAAGAAAUGUGGUGAAUUGAUGGAUUGUGGACAUUUAUGUCCUCGUGGUUGCCAUAUUGAUUCGCACGAUCGAGUCGCAUGUCGGGAACCCUGCUUACGUACACUUCCAUGCGGGCAUCCAUGUAAGAAGGAAUGUCGGCGUCCAUGUGGUCCGUGUGAUGUCCCGGUAGAAAUAAAUCCAAAAUGUGGACACAAAAGAGAAAUAGCAUGUCAAAUGUUAAACGAGUACAAGUGUUCGGACAAGUGCGGAAAGAAAUUACGAUGUGGACAUCAGGCAAGUGUUUUUUAA